AUGACCGUCAAGCGAAGAUCCACUAUCGCUGGUUAUGAGUUCCAUUUUGUUAGAGAUAUGGUUUCUAUACCGCUGAACUCAAAGUCUACGUCAACGACGACGACGAAUACAACAGCUAGCCAAUCUUUCAGCUGCAUAUCUACUAUACACACCGAAUUAUCUUCAAAGUCCUCCACAUCUACAAAUAGAUCUCUAUCUCUAGUCGAUAAAUCUGUUAUACGCAAAUAUCACAUUCUAUUAGAGUUAAUCUCAACCGAAAGGCAAUAUUAUAAUGACUUACGUAUCUUAGUCGAAGUUUUUCUACACAAUCUACCAAAAAGCUUAAGUUAUCCUACUAGAAAUCUCAUAAAACGCAACAUUUCAUCCAUUUUAGCCUUACAUUCGAGGAUUACGACUUCACUCGAUAAAGUCUUAGAGGAAGAGCAAACCCACCUCGACAAGUUCUUCAUCGGCGCUGGUUCCUCUCAACACAAGUCCAUCAUCGACAGGUGCACGAACAAAGUCGCAAAUGCUUUCAUCGAUCAAGCUCCAUACUUUGAUAUGUACAACGAAUUCUGUGCGCAGCACUCUCGUGCGCUUAGCAAAUUAUCUGCGUCCAAUAAUCUUCCGAUUUGGCCCAACUAUGAGAGGAGGUGCUUCCUACAAUCACAACAGUACAAACCACAAAACAACAAACUUCAAUUAAAGGAUUACCUAAUUAAGCCAAUUCAGCGCGUUUGUCGCUACCCUCUCGUUUUAGAUUCACUGGCCAAAUCAAGUAGCGAUGAGGACACUAGAGUUGAAAAAGCACUUGAUAUGAUGAAAGUCGUCGCAGAGAAAGCUGAUCAGGCCAGGUUGGAAGCUCAGCAACAAGAAAAGAGUGAACUAGUAGCAGCUAGAUGCGAAGGUCAUUCCGAAUUAUCAGCAUCGGAAAUACUGUCAUUCGGAAUGACAAAGUUGAUUGGUGCACUUGAUGUCUUUGUGCACAACUCGAAGCUGCCAUUAGUUCCUCCUUUGAAGGUCAAGUAUCUUGGCGCAUUCCUCUACGAGCGUUUCCUAGUUUUGGUCAAAAUACGCAAAAGUACCAUGUAUGAACCUCGCUAUUGGUUCCCUUUGGAUUUGUGGCACGUAACUGAUGUACCAUCUGGUGAAGGUCUGAUGCAAAACUCAUUCAGAAUGUCAUUACAUACGCAACACUUCGAAUUUAGUUGUUGCUCUGAGCAAGAGAAAGAGAUCUGGAUGAAAUCAAUCAUCAACUCAAUAUCAAUUUCUCGCAAAUUAUGGUCACAAGAUUACGCAUCUGCAAUGACAACUGGUAAUUCUAAUAAUAUAAAAAUGUUGCCUACAAACGUACCUUAUUCAUUAGCUCAUCGCAAAGUUGCAGCCCCUCCAGCAUCAGCCACAGCAGAGGAUGUUGAAGAGUCAGCAACUCAGUUCAACCAACAUUUCAAACUGCUGGCGCGAAAGAGAAAUUCUUUACCAAUUACGACGGAUCUGAUGAGUAACAUGGAAACUACCCCACCCCCACAGGAAUCUCCUACACCUGCAAUGUCAUUUCAUUACAAUCUCUUACCACCACCGGAAACCGCGCCAUCUAUCAACAAAUCAAGCUCGACCAAAUUUGUCUACCACAAUGGAAACCCAGCUGAGCCACUUGUAUUACGUCGUUCACCUUCAGCACCUCGUGCAGCGGUUGAUAGAUGUAUGGCCAGCAUACUUUCAGAGGAGCUGUCACAAGCGCGUUAUAUGGCAGCCUUGAACUUACCAUCACGUAAUCAAGUUCGCCCUAGGAAAGUACGCUCAGUUCAUGCCGAUCUCAAUGCAUUAGCGAACGAGCAAAAGGGACCUAGCCAUAAAAAGCCUGAUGUGAAACGCCGUAGAAGCUUCGUUUACUUGGAUACGACGGAUGAAACCAACAACUCAUUCGGAGAUAUAUUCGACGAUCAGCCUGACCAGUCGAAGAAGAAGUCACCAUCUCGGAUAACCGAAAUAUAUGGACGCAAGCGCAAGACAUCAGGGACUUUGGGUGGAUCAUCAUCCAGUGAUGCAAUUCACAACACGGACAGUUCCGCAGCUUUAACCCCUAUUGACGAUCAUCACUCUAAAUCACAAAUAUACAAAAAUCGCCGUAAGCUCGGACACUCAUUUAGUAGUAAAUUUAGUAGUUUUGGUGAUUCUAUAAAGUCGUUCACUCCUACCACACACCAUGGUAACUCUCCUCUUAGCACACCUACGGCUAUCUAUGCGACUGAGAAGGCCCCUAUACCCAAAGCAGAUGAUCAUGGAUUCACUGAACGUAAACGCAAUAAAAGUUUUAGUGGUCUCAAGAGCACACUUAGGGGCAGCACAUCUGAACAGAAUUUGUGGCAGGCUUCCCAGUCGAGCGCCAAAAAACCUUUGACCGAGACUGAAGCGCUCUACAUUAAGUAUCUUCAAGGUGAUAUUGGACCACCAGACGAAUCACCCGAAGAGCAAGAUAAGGCGCCCAAACGACCAAAUGUCCUAAGGAGUGUGACAUACUCACAUCCAGAAUCGACGUCGAGCGGAGCUGCAGAAACCAGCGCGACACCAGUCCGUGGUCGACAAUCUCAUCAACGUAUAGUGAGUGCCAACACCCCAGAAUCACAUAAAAGGACGCGCUCAAGAUCGAGAUUUACAAAUCUAAUCACUUCGCAUAAGCAACGCCACGAUGACAAUGAGGAAGUUCUCCGGUUGAGUGAUUUGCCCACACCUCAGCUCGAAUUACCGAAUGAGGUAGGAAGAAUGUCACCGCUUUCAAAGUUCUUCUUCCAUAGUGACGAAUCUCAUUCUUCAGAUUCACAUGUCAAUAAGGAGUUGCCUCUUCCUGAGAUGAGUAGAAUAUCAUCGCAACAGUCACGCCAAUCAGGGUCAUUGGAGGUAAACCGUCCAGGAAUGUCACGAACAUCUACAGAAGCCCGCGUGGCUGGAGUCCCCCAAUUACCAAAGCUGCGAAUCGGUGAGGAUGGUACAGCGCAAUGGAAGAAAGAUGAAAUAGCCAGGACACCUGAUGAUUUCGGACCACAGAACACAGCUCAACCAACGAGUAGCAAAUCAUCAAAGCAUAAAUCAUGGUCAAGCGCUAGCACCCCAAAUCUAUUAUCACGACUGAAUUCACUCUCUUCAACUAGAUCGAGGAGAGUGAAGAAAGAAAAAGGAGCUACUCAACCAUCGACGCCAACUACCCAAAAUGGUGAACCGACAAAUACGCUUAAUAGGAAAAAGAGCUUGAAAGCUUUCCUUACGAAAAUGAAUUUCACGAAGGUCUAG